CGUGCUCCCUGCGCUGUGGAUUGUGCGCCACAGCAGACCAAGAGCUCGCCAGACAGUACAGCAGCGACAGCAUCUACUCUGUUACCGGAGGACGACUGCUCUCAGUCCCUGAGGUCUACUGCUGUGUUUCAGAGUCCCGCACACUGAGCCUGUACCUUCACGCUGGUGCAUCCCUGAAAUUGUUUUUAAGGAGCGAGAACAUUUACGUUUUCAAAAGAAACAGUCUACGGGUCGUGAAGUCGGUUGUGUCAACCCUUUUUUCCCUAAGACGCACAAAAGAAGCACUCCCAAGUCUACCUGGAUAGCUGACAAAGUCGUCCGGUCCGGUUCGAGGUCCAGAGGGGAGAGACGGUGAGCAGAAGUUAGCGCGGAAGGCAAGAGCAAAACAGAAGACAGGAUGAAUCUCAAGAGUCAUUUGAUUUUCACUCUCUACACUAUUUAUGGGAUUCUUCUGAAAGUGAUGGCUUCAAAAGGCAAAGCUCGAGGCAUCAGCGGUCAGUACCCUCUGGUUCAGAAUAUGACGGUGACCGAGGGUGGGACGGCGAACAUGACCUGCCGUGUGGAGUAUAAUGACAACACCUCCCUCCAGUGGUCAAACCCAGCACAGCAGACCCUCUUUUUCGGGGACAAGAAAGCUUUAAGGGACAACAGGAUUGAGCUGGUGCAUGCAUCGUGGUCAGAGUUGACCAUCAGCAUCAGUGAUGUCACUCUGACGGAUGAAGGCAUGUACACCUGUUCUCUCUUCACCAUGCCUGUCAGAACAGCCAAAGCCUACCUGACUGUUCUAGGUGUGCCGGAGAAGCCAGAGAUCGAUGGCCUGACGAAACCUGCCAUGGAGGGAGACCACAUCACUCUGACCUGCAUGACUCACGGCAGCAAGCCCGCUGCCGACCUGCGCUGGUUUAGGAAUGAAAAGGAGAUCAAAGGUGCCAAAGAGGUGAAUGCAAGUGGGAAGACAUUUACGGUGCGGAGCUCUCUGCAGCUGCAUGUGGACAGAAAUGAUGAUGGAGUGGCCUACACCUGCAGAGUGGACCAUGUGGCACUCACACAGACACCACAGCAGGCUACUGAAGUACUGGAGGUCCACUAUGCUCCACGUGUGCAGAUCAUCCACUCCCUUGCAGUCCCUCAGGAGGGUCAGUACUUAAAGCUGGAGUGUGUGUCCAAAGGAAACCCUUCGCCAGAUCCUGUGAUGUGGACAAAGGACGGGAGUGAACUUCCUGACCUGGACAGGAUGAUUGUAGAGGGGAGGGAGCUCACCUUUACUUCACUCAACAAGACAGACAACGGCACCUACCGCUGCGAAGCCGGCAACCACCUAGGGACCAGCAGUGCUGAAUAUGUACUCUACGUCUAUGACGUCCCCACAACUCUGCCUCCAUCCACCACUCCCCCCCUACCUCCCAUCCUUCCAGAUCCUACCGCUCUAUUAGACACCCACGCCUCAGACCCCACAGUCACUGGCAACAGAGAUCCCAACGCUCUGGGGCAGCAUGGCACUGACCAUGCCUUGAUCGGAGGAGUGGUGGCCGUAGUGGUCUUUGUCACCUUGUGUUUAAUCAUUGUUCUGGGAAGAUACCUGGCCAGGCAUAAAGGAACGUACUUGACAAACGAGGCCAAAGGGGCGGACGACGCGCCCGACGCCGACACAGCCAUCAUCAACGCUGAGGGCAACCAUGCACACGCAGAAGAAAAGAAAGAAUACUUCAUUUAGACUGCAGAGGGAGCUGUGCAGCUCUCUUCUUCCCCUUUUCCCUAUUUCAAUCUCUAUAUCUCUUUUUCUCUGUCUCUGUCUCCCCCUUUUCUCCUCCACCUCUGACCACGGCCCCCGCCGUGUCAACGAGGAACCCGCAGGCAAUCCACAGACAGAGAAGUUCCCCAAGUGUUUUCCUAUUAUUGCCUUUUGUCUAUCAUUUACAUCUUGUCCAUUAUAUCGUUUUUUUUUUCUUCUUUUUUUUUGGCAGUCGGUUUUCACAGGCAGCUUGCCGUCGUUGCCGAAGUUAUCCCCUUUUUGAUAUUUUUCCUCAUCUUUGACAUGAAUGCCUGGAAGUCUGUAUAUCUACCAUGACUGCUUCUUACAUGAGCCCUUCUUUAUCUUCUCUCCUCUUUCCUCUUUAAGCAGAAACCCCAACACAACACUAUGUCCCCUUUGUUCACACACGUCCACAAACACAUAUCAUAUCUCACAUCAACACGGUGCCUAAAAAUACAGACGCCAUUGAACUUCUGUCAAUGCCUUCAUGUAUCGUCUGUCAGUAGCAAUGUAAAUGCUUUGUAGAUGGGUUAACUGAACCAUAAUUGCAUUGCUUAGCUCACAGCUUUUGAUUAUGCAUUGCAUUUUUAUUUUUUAUUUUAAUGAAGAUCUUUGCUGUUUACGCCUUAUACAUGUCUAUCACACUGAAUAUGGUACUUUUAGAUCCACCUCCCCAACCCCCUCCCCUAUAAAUAGACUUGUAAUUAAACAGUUGACCCUUGUAAGAUAAGAAGAAGGCUUUGUGUAACACUGUAGCAAGGUUUGUCAGAUAAGUGUAUAAUAUGAUUUUCAUUAUUAGGGUAGGGGUAAUAAAGGAUAGUGUGGUAAUGAUUAGAACAGAGAAUACACACAGACGCUAGAUGAAGCAUUCCAUCGAAUAAACUCAAUCAAGUAUAUAAAACCAUCUGCUAAAUCUGCUGUCCCUAUGUACUUUUGUCUGUAUAUUCCUCCAAUGCCCAGGCUGCAGUUUAGCGAAACACCAACACCUUCAGUGUCCUCUUGACAGCUUACCGUAGUUUGUGAUUCACAUAAAGGGUUCAGGUGUACAGAAAGAAUCAAUCUCCUCUCUCUAAAAGCUGUAUAAAUUGUAUUAAAAUGAGUUUAGCUUUCCACUUAGAAUUUUUAUGUUUAUGUGACAUUGGAAUAAUUUUAAGGCUUAUGGACCCCAUGAAAUGUAAAAUUAACCAAAUAUACAGUUACAGUACACAGUUACAGAAUGAAUUUGAAAUUAGGUGUUGAUUGAUGAUUUAGAGAAUAGGAAAUUUAGUGUACAUUUUUUAGUAAUGUAAUUUUUUUGUAAUAUUUCAUUACACUCUCAAGCUUCCCCAGUGGUUUGUAUACACACUCCUGUUCACUUACUGGCUCAUAGAUAAGCAUUAAAUCAUAUUGUUACUUUAUACAAAUAGUGGUGACAUCAGUUUGACUAAAACCACAUGUUUUUGUUUCUAUUGCCACCUCUGAAUUUCUGUUUAACAAGUUUCUAACAAUUUAGUUGAACUUUAUAUAUCACCAACAUGUCGAGACUCCCACCUCACAAACUGCAUAACUGCUCUUCUUAUUUCCUUCUUAUUUUGUUGGAGUCGCUCUCCAUGAACUGAACUUUGAUUUCCAUUUCAUGGGGUCUUCAAGCAAAUAAAAGAAAAUAAAUAGAGAAAAAAACGACAGUGUGUGAGUGCUGGGUCAUAUAUCUGCAGGGGCCUCCUUUCCAAAAACUAAAAACUGAAGACAAAUAGAAAAGCACAAAGAUGUCUGUGAGUAACUGUGUUCCUUUGCCAACAACUAGAUUGCCUUGGGAAUUCAAAUGGCUAGUGGAAAGAUGACAAGGCUUUCUUUGAUUCAAUUCUGGAAGAAAAAAAAAUAUGUAAGCUAAAUCAUGUUUUUAUAUAAAAAAAAUGUUUUUAAUAUUUUUGGUUUAAAUAGUUCUAAGCUCCCUGCUGUGUAUUGUGUCUGCUAAAAUGUGGUUGAUUGUGAAAAUUGCUGUUGAAUUCUGAAUUCCUUCAAAUUUGUAUAUUAGCCACCUUAUCUAUUUACUUUUUUAUUUUUCAUUGCAUAAUCCUCAUUGGGACCUAUUUUAAACAAAUGUAUUUUCCUUUAGCAAAGGCAUGUAUGUAAUGUGUGAGGACUAAAUUGGUAAUACACAUUAGCAUGUUUUUGUUUGAUUUUUUUUUCAUAUUUUAAUUUAUUGGAACUAAAGAUAUUUAAGAGAGAACUGCAAUGAAAGUUUGUUUUGAAAUGAAAGUCUUAAUUUUGGAGAGCAGUGGCUUCUUGUGUUUGUGGCGUGCUACAGACGGAGGGAUUCGGUGUUGUAAAAAAUGUGAUGAAGAAAAAUUACAAAACUGAACAGAAAUAGAAGAAAAUGUGCAUCUGUCUUCUUCACCAAAUCCUUCAAAUACAAAUUGGAAUUGAAAUGCAUUCAAAGAAACAUUACCUUAAUGUUGGAGGCACUACAUAUUUCACAUACACUAAGACACACUUAACAAAUCCUUGUAAACAACUUCUGUUUCUUUUCAUAUAGCCCUAGCAUUUGUCUUUCAUCAGUUUGCAGGAAUUUGGCUAAUUUACUCUCUCCGGUGAAAGAGUGAUAAACACUGUGGCCUCUGGAACUAAAGACUUAAAAGCAAGGCUCUAAUCUACUAAGGGAGCAAAAUUUUACCAAGGGCAAUAAAAUAGUGGGCCCAGCUGUCUCCAAUUUGGUGGCCAAUUUACAUCAUUAUGCAAAUAAGGUCAGCAAGUAAGGUCUUUCUCUAUGUGUUAUAACUCAAACACUGCACAAGUUGGGAAUCAUUAAACCUGUCACCAUGGAUGUAGAAUUUAGGUUGCAUAUUACAUUUUAAAUAUGUUAAUGAUUUGUUUUAAAAAUGCAGAAGCUUUGCCGCAGUUUCCAUAUGUAAUAAUUUUAGUGCACUUCAAUCAAUAUAUUACUAUUUCCAGGUUUGACUUGAGCCUGAAAACGUUUCUUCAGUAGACCCAGACUAAAGCGUCUGGUCUUCAGAAAGCUUCUGUAUCACAUGUGUGUAUAGAUACAUUUAUCACAAUGAUGUAAUGUGUUUUUUUGUUUACUUUUCUAUCCUCUUUUCAUUGUGUCUUAAAUCAGUGACGUCAAUUUAAAUUUUCUGUUGCUUUACGCCUGUGUAUCGAAUAGAUUUGUUGAUUGUGAAAUCAGAGAAACAGGCUGUUUUAUAUUAAAUGAACAUUCAUAAAUAACCAGGUCUGCAGUGAUGAGUUGGUGUUUAGAAAUGAAACAGGUGCCAUUUUAUGAAUUAUGCCCUCUGGCUAAUUUGAUGGAUAUUUCUUUGUAAAUGGUGAAAUGUUUUGUUUAUUGUUUUUCUUUCUGAAAACCACAUGUAAAUAUUUGUUUUGACAUGACCGUAAUGAGCUAAUUUGUUGCAAAUGGCUUUUUAUGAUAGUUAGACCAAACCUAAAUCUUUCUUUAAUUUGUUAUUCUAACAGCCUGGCACAUACCAUCAUGCACUAUUUUACUAUGAUAGAAUCAACUGUAGCUGUUACAUCUUUGGGUCGGUUAUCAGUCGUUUUUCUUUUUAUGUUGUCGGUUGAAACUAAGCUUUAAACUUUUUGCCUCCUUGCUUUCCAACAUAUAUCGGUUCAGUUAAUAUGCGCUACAUCAUGGGCCUCUAAUUUCAUCCUGGCGGCAGGACAGUAAUAGCGUUAACCAUGGGCACUACUCCACUCGCCUCUGUUUGGUAAAUUUCCUGGCUCCAAAAAAACCCACUUUCUUUAACUGAAGGUGGGAGUGGUACAGCUGAGGUUACUUGUUUAUGCAGAUCAGGCAGUGAAAUACUGGCAGUAAUUUUGGCAUGAAAUUGCAAACAAUUUUGUGAACACGUUUCAUGAUGGCAAUUGCACAUAGUAACAGACCUGUUCAAUAAAAAACUUGCAUGUGACUUUUAA